AUAGAAAGAGUAGAAAUGAGGGUCCCUGUAUUUGAGGAUGUGAAAGAUGAAACUGAAGAAGAAAAAACAGGGGAAGAAGAAAAUGAAGAAGACAAGGUGUUCUUUAAGCCUGUUAUUGAAGACCUGAGCAUGGAAUUGGCCAGAAAAUGCACCGAACUCAUUAGUGAUAUCCAUUAUAAAGAAGAGUAUAAAAAGUCUAAAGACAAGUGUACAUUUGUGACUGACACGCCUAUGCUAAAACAUGUAAAACGUAUUGGCGCUUUCAUUUCUGAGGCAAAAUACAAAGGCACCAUUAAGGCGGACCUUUCCAAUUCUCUUUAUAAGCAGAUGCCAGCCACAAUUGACAGUGUCUUUGCAAGAGAAGUUACACAGCUACAGAGUGAGAUUGCUUACAAGCAGAAGCACGAUGCUGCCAAAGGAUUCUCAGAUUAUGCCCACAUGAAGGAACCGCCUGAGAUCAAACAUGCCAUGGAGGUGAAUAAGCACCAGAGUCACAUUUUUUAUAGAAAAGAUGUGCAGGACACCCACGUGUAUAGUGCGGAGCUUGACAGACCAGACAUCAAGAUGGCGACACAGAUCUCCAAGAUCAUAAGCAAUGCUGAAUACAAGAAAGGGCAAGGAGUAAUGAAUAAAGAGCCCGCUGUAAUUGGAAGACCAGAUUUUGAACAUGCUGUGGAAGCUUCUAAACUUUCUAGUCAAGUUAAAUACAAAGAAAAAUUUGAUAAUGAAAUGAAGGAUAAGAAACAUCAUUACAAUCCUCUUGAAAGUGCUUCUUUUAGGCAGAGUCAGCUGGCCACUGCCCUGGCGAGUAAUGUGAAGUACAAGAAAGACAUUCAAAAUAUGCAUGAUCCAGUUUCAGAUCUCCCAAACUUGUUUUUAAACCACGCUUUGAAAACCAGCAAAAUGCUCAGCGGACGAGAGUAUAGAAAGCUUUUUGAGGAAAACAAAGGCAUGUAUCAUUUUGACACGGACGCUGUGGAACACCUGCACCAUAAAGGCAAUGCCAUGCUCCAGAGUCAGGUUAAGUACAAAGAAGAGUAUGAGAAAAAUAAGGGGAAAUCGAUGCUUGAAUUUGUUGAGACACCAUCAUAUCAAGCUUCAAAGGAGGCUCAGAAGAUGCAGAGUGAGAAAGUUUACAGAGAGGAUUUUGAGAAGGAGAUUAAAGGAAGGUCAUCGAUGGAUUUAGACAAGACUCCAGAGUUUUUACAUGUAAAGUACAUCACCAGCCUUCUGAAGGAGAAGGAAUAUAAAAAAGAUUUGGAAAAUGAAAUAAAAGGGAAAGGAAUGGAACUUAAUUCAGAAGUACUCGAUAUUCAGAGAGCAAAACGUGCAUCUGAAAUGGCUAGUGAGAAAGAAUACAAGAAAGAUCUGGAAUCAAAAAUUAAAGGGAAGGGAAUGCAAGUUGGCACUGACACCCUUGGAAUUCAGCAUGCCAAAAGAGCUUCUGAGAUAGCUAGUGAGAAAGAUUAUAAAAGAGAUCUGGAGACUGAAAUUAGAGGGAAAGGCAUGCAGGUGAGCACAGGUACCCUCGAUAUCCAGAGAGCUAAGAAAGCAUCUGAAAUGGCCAGCCAGAAAGAAUAUAAGAAAGACUUAGAAAAUGAAAUUAAAGGGAAAGGAAUGCAAGUGAGCAUGGAUAUCCCGGAUAUGCUUCGAGCCAAGAGGGCAUCUGAAAUCUAUAGCCAGAAAAAGUAUAAAGAUGAGGCAGAGAAGAUGCUUUCUAGCUAUUCUACUGUGGCAGAUACUCCUGAAAUCCAGAGAAUUAAGACAACUCAACAAAACAUUAGUGCGGUACUUUAUAAGAAAGAAGUAGGAGCUGGCACAGCAGUAAAAGAUACUCCAGAGAUUGAACGAGUGAAGAAAAAUCAGCAGAAUAUUAGUUCAGUAAAAUACAAGGAAGAGAUGAACCAUGGAACAGCCAUUUCUGAUCCACCAGAGCUCAAGAGAGUUAAAGAAAACCAGAAGAACAUCAGCAAUCUCCGGUACAAAGAGCAAUGUUACACAGCAACUCCAGUGAGCACGACGCCAGAGAUAGAGAGAGUGAGGAAAAACCAGGAGCAGCUGAGCACGGUAAAAUACAGAGGAGAGAUUAAACAGGCAACGGCAAUUUCUGAUCCACCAGAGCUGAAGAGGGUUAAAGAAAACCAGAAGAACCUCAGCAAUGUUUAUUAUAAAGGUCAGCCUGGAAGAGCUACGGCUUUAAGUAUAACUCCUGAAAUGGAAAGAGUAAAGAAGAACCAAGAAAAUAUUAGUUCGGUAAAAUAUACCCAGGACCAGAGACAGAUGAAAGGUAGACCAAGUCUGAUUUUAGAUACACCUGGUCUCAGACAUGUCAAAGAAGCUCAAAAUCAUAUUUCAAUGGUGAAAUAUCAUGAAGAUUUUGAGAAGACAAAGGGAAGGGGCUUUACGCCUGUUGUGGAUGACCCCGUGACAGAGCGAGUGAGGAAGAACACCCAGGUUGUCAGCGAUGCUGCCUAUAAAGGUGUCCAUCCUCACAUCGUGGAGAUGGAUAGGAGACCUGGAAUCAUCGUUGACCUCAAAGUUUGGCGCACAGAUCCUGGCUCCAUCUUCGACAUUGAUCCCCUGGAAGACAAUAUUCAGUCUAGAAGUCUACAUAUGCUCUCUGCACCUGUUCUUCCUGGAGCCUACCAGCAAAGCCAUUCUCAAGGGUAUGGGUACAUGCAUCAGACCAGCUUGUCAUCCAUGAGGUCAAUGCAGCAUUCACCAAAUCUAAGGACCUACCGAGCCAUGUACGAUUACAGUGCCCAGGAUGAAGAUGAAGUCUCCUUCAGGGAUGGCGACUACAUCGUCAACGUGCAGCCCAUCGACGACGGCUGGAUGUACGGCACGGUGCAGAGAACUGGGAAAACCGGGAUGCUUCCGGCGAAUUACAUUGAGUUUGUUAAUUAAUCAUUUUUCCUUGCCCUUUGAGCUUUGUUCUAAUGUACACUAAACGUAAUCUUUUUAAAAGGUAGAAGAUACUUUUAAGACAACUUGGCAGUUAUUUUACAGUAAUCUAUCCUUCCUUUGACAAUUAGACACGCAGGUACCAGGAAGAAGGAAUGACUUCUGGGCUGAAAACAGCAGCAUUUUCGGUAAUUCGUAUAAACAAAAUAAUUAGGUCUGGAGACCUGGUGCUGCUAAUUGUGUUAAUGUUUUCCUUUGAUUGGCUAUCGUGAACCCUUCUGGGGAAAUGUAUUUUUGUAGACUUUAAUAGAGACGUUGAUUGUCCCUUAAAUGUCACAAGUAUAUGAAAUUUCUUAGCUGUCCCUUUGGAAUCACCAGAAGCCAGUCCUCUUAAUUCAGCAACACAGCCGAUAAUUUAAAAACCAUUUAGCUUUUGAGUCACGAGGCAAUUUCCAAUUCAAGUGAAAAUUGCCUAAAUAUAUUAAAUGUAAGCAGUGGCAGAAUGACAGUUUGGUUAAAAUUAUAUUGACUGGUGGCCUUAGGGAUCUAGAAACUUCUACCGAACAAAGAAAUUUCCUUGUUCCCUGGGCCAACUUGGGUCUGUUUAUUUCUCAUUUGUACCGAGGUGUAUCCUACUCUCCAUUUACAUUCUAUGGACCUAAGUAUAUGCUUGGCUGCCUAGAAUGUCAGGACCAAAUUACUUCACAGCUACUCUACAAAGGGCAAAUUUUAAGGUCAUCUAUAUUAUUUCCCUGAUACUAAUAGCCUUUACCCUGUUGCAUGUCAUGUAGGUUCAAGCUUCUGUAACAUAGGCAGCUGCACUGCCUGUUCCUGUUAUUAAAACAAAAAGUGUGGCCGAUAUCUAAAAGCCCUUUCCUCUAGUUGCCAGCUCAUCAGAAAAACAUAACUUGAAAAGUUGCUUGAGAUUCUCUUGCCGCAUUGCACUCUAGUUUUGAAGGAUUUACACCUUAGGAAAUAGAUGUAUACUCUAGCAAAUAAGUGAUUUAGGUGUUUAUUGAACAGCUUUCAUUAACUUAAUGCCGCUAUUGAUUUAAAAGCAAAGAAAACUUCAUAAAAGCCAGUUACAAAGUCGGAAUACAAAGUGUGCUGGGGGAAGCCAGCGAACAAAAGAUUACCAGCUCCGCACACAGAGACAGGUGAUCUGGUUUCUUAUUUGGGAAAAUGGUAUUCAGAUUCUGGAAUGGGAAUCUAGCCACUAAAACCGCUUAAUGAAAAGACUUCCUUUCCACUUUCUGGUUUUUAUUUUGUAAAUCACAUCCAGGGGUGAGAUUGGGAUGUCACCAGAGAUUUGAGGUACAGGCCCAACAGGUUGUUCAUUUAAAAAGAGAUCGUUGUCACAUUUUCAUUUCCAAAUGAGUGACAUUGCAGGCUCUGGCUGGAUUCACAGCCGUGACCGUCAUGUCGUGAAGUUUAACCUGGAGUCCACAGUCAAGAUCACUGGAGAGACUAAGGUCCAUCAGCAACUCUGUGUUUUUCUGACCAUGCCCUUAGUGAUACUUGCAACAGGGUAGCAGUCAUGUAGGGCCUGACUCUAUAGCUGUAAUGAAACUGAAAAAGUAAAGUUACAAAAAUGUAAUCAAAUGUAUGGGCCUUGGGGCUUUCUGCCUUAAUAAUAUAUUCAAAGAAAUUAACAAAAUAUGCUGUAAAACAUCUUUUACUGAAAUGUUUAUUGGUCCAAAGGCAAAUGUUAAUUCAUUUACACCUUUGAAAAGUAAGCACAUCAUUUUGAAAAUCUGUAGUCUUAUUUUCAUCGGGCUAAAAGAGUAAUUAAAUAAGGUUUAUUGCAUUCAAGCUGCAUCUACAUGACACUGAUGUAAAAUUGAAAAGGGAAAAAUUCAGGCAAAUAACUAGAGAUUUUUUGAGGGGGUUUUACAUAUUACCACAUAGCCAGCUUAGCUGAUUUUCUGUCAUUGAAAUGACCAGUUGUGAUUCAUCUGAUUAAACCCCAUAUCGAUCUUGGUGUCUUAUACAAAAACCUGCAAAGACAAGCGGAACUUGCAAUAUUCUUGCAAAAAUUUCUGUGCAUUGAAACUGAGGGCAAUAAGCUUGCUUAUUAAUUUUAUUAUACCAUUAAGUAAAUAUUUAAGAUUCACCCAGACAGACUACUUUUUUGUGAUUAUAAAAGAGUAGUUGUUGAUUAAAUUUGCAGAGGAAAUGUAAGACGGGUACAAUUUUUGAUAAAUAGCACAUUUAUAGGAAGCUCAAAGGAGACCGAUUUGAAAUGAUGAUUAUAAUCGGGGAAGUAACCAUAAAGUAACAGCUUGAUGUUUCAUUGUUUUUCCUCAUCCACUGAUUUCAAAAUCAGAUUCACUGAAUGUAAACGUCAAUACUUAUUUGGGGAAUAAUUCUCCUAAAAUGUUAAGCCUCACAUAAUGUUUGCAUAGUAAAAUGUUUCUCCUUCCCAGCCUUCAGGAGUUAAGAUCGGAUCAGAAUUUAACUAGAGAGCAGUUAUUUUACAAUAAAGACUGAGGGAGGACCAGUUGCACAUGUUCCCGAUGCUAUGAUUUGAUAGUGUUGUCACCAUUACUAAAGCCUGUCAGGAUAUUAAGCAUCUCAGCAGAAACAUAGGAAACAAUAGAUGUAUAAAACCAAAGCGCUAUUUUUACAGCAUCAUUUUCAAAACUGUGUUCUCGGACAACUUCUCCCCUUUCCACACUCCCCCUCUCGCCUUCGAUUUGGCAGCGGGCAGAUGCUACAUAUAACGCUGACAGCACAAGGAUGGUUUCAAAAACAAUCCUUUUAAAAAUCAAGUUAAAGAAGACUGUGUAUGUGCCUGAGACAGAGAGCAUGCACCUGAUUUUCUAAAUGUGUUCUCAAUCCUGAUAAAAGCACACGGGCAGUUUGAUACGCUUUUCAAAGUUCCGAAAACACAACUGUACGUGGAUCAUCUCUCUCUUGAGAAGAGCAUGGCAACAGAAUACAUUGCUUUUGGCGUAAGUUUUUGUAGUAGGCGUUUUUACUAAUUCUCGUUCUCUGGGAGAGCUUUCUAUUUCUAACCUGUGGCAAGACAGAGUCUUCAUGUCUUCUUGUUAUUGUUUACACAUCCGCAGUGUAGCCCACUUUGAAAUAUUCAUCUGGUUGUCAGAUCUCCGCGCUGUCCCCGCAUCUUCUCAGGCCUCCCCCACCUCAGACACCACACAGGAAUUUGCAAGCACAGUUCCCAGGAGCACCCUGUAUGAACAUGGAUGCGAUUAGACCAGCCCCUCUCUUGCCACCAGGUUCAUUGCAUGAGGAUGACGAAGACGCCUUUUCGCCAGUCUCGCCACAGUCUUUCUUUCCUUAUCCUCCAUGUUGAGCUAGACAACACUCUGGGAUUUGGGAAGCAGACUUUUCUAAACACACAGUGGAAGCUCAAGGUGCACCUCUUUUUCAGGUUUGUCCAUCUCCAGUAGAAUGUUUUUAAUGAAAAGAUAAAGAAAAUGUGUGUGAUCCUUUAAUAACACCUCCCUAUAUAAAGUGGAUAUAUUAAUAGUUUAUACCAAAAUUAUAAUACAGAGAUAUAAAAAAUAUAUAGGUGCCUUUAUGAUUACCCUUGUUUAUUCACUAUGGUCUUGAAAAGAAAACCAAGCAAGCAAGCUUCUGCCUAUUCUAUAGUAAUAUUUUAUUAUAUGAUUGGUAUUUUUUAUGGUGGGGAAGUGAGAUGCUCCUGACAGAUACGAAAGGUGAUAGAUGAUUGUAUUUUACCUCUAGAGGUUUAGAAAAUACUGACUUCUUCCGUCUAUUUCUGAAAGGUUCUUUGUGGAUUUAUAUAUAGUUGAGAUGCAUAAACAUUAACUUUAGGCUUGAGAUUUAAAAUACCUAUUGUAAGAUAGAAGAGUUAUGUUAUGAGGCUGAAUUCAUUACAUAAGAUGAAAUUCACUUCAUAAAUUCAUUAUACCUUAGCUAUUUGCUUCUGAUAAUCUGAAAGUGGCUAGAGUACGGUUGUUUGGGGUAACUCGACAUGGAGGUGAGAAAGCUUUGGUUAAUAAGAAGCUGUGUAAACCAAGUUAAGAAUGCUAAAAUGAAGGUCUCUUUCUGAAGUAUUCCGUGCCCAUUAGGGUUCUUUCCAGGCACUGCCAACCAGUGCUGAUCCAAAAAAGGCAAGACGCUGUACGAUGCUUCUGUGGCCAUCAUUCCCUGAUCCGCAAGCCUGGAAGGAUCCCUAAGGCACACCUCCUCCCCAGUUGUCCAUGUUACUUCAGUAUCUUCGUGGGAAUUCCAUAGGCUUUUUGUGUUUGAUAUGUGGUAUUCAAUUUGCAUAGUAUAUACUUCUUUGUAAUCCAGUUGCUGUUAAGAAUGAUUUAUUUUAAAGGAAAAGAGAAAACUGCAUCAUAGUUCCCUUCCUCGGUGUUCGUACAACGAACUGCUGAGCAUUUAGAAGCAGCACCGAGUGUGUUACAGGAGGGGUGUGGAACCGUUGGUCUUUGACCUGUGAUUAAAACCCCAAAUUGAAUCAUUGUGCAGAUUGGCUUCUCUUUGCCUCAAAAUAUGUAGAAUUGUGGUUGAUGAUUAAUUUGCAAGAUUGUACUAACUUUGAGAGCAUACAGUUUUACAGGAAACGCUUCAUGUUUUUAAAAUGAAGGGGCUUACAGAACAAUACAAUGUUAUUAAUAUAAUCUGGCUUUUGUUAUGCAAAUUGUUAACACCAGCUAUUAAAAUAUAUUUUAGUAGAAAUGCUUUAAUUCAUGUUUUUUUCCUCUACACUGUGAAUCUUUAAGCCUUGGUGGACUAGAGCAACAUCGUGCUGCCCAAAGGACUAACCUAUGCAAACUAGUUCACAUUUUAGUGGAUGUCACAGGAAUUGUGUAACAAGACGUUAUUUCCCCCUGCAUAAUGUACAGCGGCAUUGAAAUAACACAUUAAGCCUAGCAUCAUGUAUGUAUAGAUAGUUACUCACAAACCCCUCACGGCUACCAUAAUCAUUAGUAUUACCAUUCGUUUAAGAGCAGAUCGCUGAUUUAUCUGUUAAAACGACGUCAACGAUGUCAGAACAAGAAUGACAGAUGGAUGCAUCGGCCUUGGCUUCCAAGUGGUCCCUGCAAGUGUUCUCCUGUGAUAGAACCGCGUUCUCAGAUGCGCUCUCUCCAGGGUAUUAUUAUUCUGUGUCUUCUUUCUGUAUUUGUAAAACAUGAUAACGCUUUAAUUUCCUAUCUCUACACAUUCGGUUUGCUUAAAUAAAUGCAGGAUAUAACAAAAUGG